AUGGCAGAACCAGAUAAAAAACUAAAAGCAUUUAUCUAUGGUGUAUUCACACAUCAAAUCGCAGACAUUAAUUGGCAUUCACUACAUAAAUCUCAGGGGCUGCUCCAAUAUUUGGCACACAUUGAAUUCAAUGGAAACGUGAGUCAAGCGCACUCAUUUUUAGAUACAGGAGCAGACUUUCUCGUACUCUCGCACCAGUUCGAGAACCUUGGACUCAAUCAAAGAAUUAGUCUUAGGGAAUAUUAUUCCACUCCUUGGGACUUUCCUACAAAAGAGCUGGUUGAAACAUACAGGAAGCUGGGGUUUGAAGUGACUGAAAGUGAGAUCGAGUUUUGCAUGAUGAGAGGCUACGCGGCAUUACAGGGUGAAUUGGGAACAUUCAGAUCUUUCGCUCCAGCGGUACGAUAUAAAUCCCCCCUUCUCAAUGAAGUUCUGGACGACUACUACUUUGGAGGCCUGAGCGAUAUUAUUUACACCAUUAGCUGCUGCAUGAAAGGUCUCGCUGGACUUUUUGACGGCACAAUGGUGAACGAUCCAUGGCUGAUUUGUCCAAUUUUUCAACCCAAUCAUAAUGAUGCUUCCACCUCAAGUAAUUAUGCAAUCAGAUCAAAUGACCAACAAAUAAGCAUGACACGCAAAAGUGAUGGUGCUUUGCAUCUCUGGAGUGAUAGUGUGAAUUCAAAAUUUGGUACCAGUUUAUUGUUUCAUGUGUCGGCUUACGGAUACGCCGAGCUACUUAUUGGAGCAGAGUACGACGAAGGACAAGGAUCUGUAUACGUCUUGCCGUUGAAACACUUGUUUGAAGGGCAGGUGCAUGUUAUGAGCACAAAGCUAUAUGAAGAAACCAACGAGCUUACAUUUGCUCCAAGAUUUGGGCAUGGAAUGGCAAUAUGGAAUACAUCACGGCACUCAUUCCUUGUGAUUUCAGAACCAGGACUAUCGCAGCUAAAUGUUUUUCUUGACUCGCGACUUGUGGCUGUAAUCCAUGAUGAAAAGGCCCGAACACAGUUAGGCAGUGGCGGCCCCAAACAAAUGGGGCUGAUACUUGGGGUGAACGACGUGAAUGAUGAUGGAAUCAAUGACCUCAUAGUGGGAUCUUGUCACUAUGACACUUUAGACGCAAUACAAAGAGGAAUUGUGAAAAUCUUAAGCGGAGCACAUUUUGCGAAGCUAAUUGAAGAGUACAUCGAUUCUGCUUUGGGAAUACACGGUUUUCCGCUACAUAUAAAUGACGAGCAAAUAGAGAUCAACUGCCUCACUAUUCCUCGCCAAUUGCAGCGAGAUUCUGGUUAUGAUGAGUUUGCAACCUCAAUUGCAUUCUCACCAGAUAAGUUGUUUAUUGGCUCAGCAGGAAGCGGCACGCUUGCUACAUUUAAUAAAUCAGGGGAGUUCCUGUAUGGCAUGAUUCCCGACUCUCAUGUCAGAGUUACCCAAAAUACACCUUUUGAGUCUACUGGGCUCUAUGGAUAUCACAAAAUCAUCACAGGGAGUUGGAACAAAAUUGCAUGGGUUAUGGUCUUUGCGAACUCCGAAACCUUUGAUAAUUGUCUGCUGUGUGGAGUAGCGUACCUGUAUCUGGAUCGCCAAAGGCUAGAAUUGGUAGCAAAGGUCAGACCUGAGAAAGGACAACAACUGUUUUUCGGCGUCAAUGCCUUAGCACGAGGAAAUGAUGUAUACGUUGCUGCCGAAGGUUCUCUGGACGGUGCUGGUGCUAUCUGGAAAAUAAAUGUGGGAAAGAUAUUGGAAGCUAAUGCGAAUAUGAAGUUCAAGCAAGAUAUUCUACUAUGUGAAGAAAAAACUGGGUUUGGCGGUAUUAUAAUUCAUGGUACCAUUGGUGAAGGUUAUUCGGGAUUUGGAAGGUCGCUGGAGGUUUUCGAAUUUCAGCAAGCGCUAUACAUUGCAGUGGGAAGGCCCUUGUAUGGUUAUGGAUCUGCAAGUGGAUUGACUGGAGCGGUCGACAUUCAUAAAUUGGACGAUUAA